AUGAAGAAGAAGAAGACGACGAGGUCAGUCAGAUCGAUUAUGAAGAAGAAGAAGAAGACGACGACUACUAGGGUUUCAGUUCCGCAAGAGAUUAUCUUCGAGAUACUGAAAGAACUUCCAGUGAAAACCUUACUGAGAUUCAGGUGUGUUUCCAAGCUCUGGCGCUCCAUAAUUGAUGAUCCACUCUUCGGUCAGUCGCACCAUAAUCGGUCGAUCAAUCGGCCUGGCGGUAUCAAACUGCUCUUCGUGACUACACUGGGAUACCAUUAUUGGACAUUCUACUCCACAGAUCCAGAAGGUGGUUCGGCCCUUCGCCUUUCAUCUAAUAUUCUCGCCGACUUGUAUUUUCCUUUGUAUUCAGUCAAGGGAUUGGUCUGUUUUCAGAACUGUAACUGUAACCCUAACACUAGGGAACGCAAACCACUCCCGCCAGUAGCAAUUCAAAUACCAGGAGGAUUCCAUAAAUUGACAGUAGCAUCCUUCAACCUUUUAGGGUUUGAUCGAGCUUCUGGGAAACACAAAGUCCUUAACAUAACUCAAUUUGAUUUUGUGGAUGAUGAUGAGGAUGAAGGGAAAACCCAGUUCAAGCUUUUGACCCUUGGCGGCGCCGCCUCCAAGUGGAGAGAUAUUGAUCAUAAUAAUACUGAUUCCUCCGUUUAUAUUCCAUUAGACAGAUUCUCAGUUGGUGAUAGUAAAAGAGCUUGUUUUAUCAAUGGUACUAUAUAUUGUUUAGGUACUAUAUAUUGUUUAGAAAAAAGACGUGUGAUCUUGGCUUUCGAAGUUGGACCGGAGAGCUUGAAAAUCAUGCCAUUUCCUAAAGGUGCAGCUAGCGAUUCUUUUUUCGUUAUACCAGUGAGAGAACGUUUGGCUUUGAUAAAUUCUAGGGUCACCGAAAUUUGGAUACUAGAAGACUAUGACAAGCAGCUCUGGAAAAAACAGACUCUCAAGGUGCCAUGUCCAUGCAAGAGAUCUAUAGUGCCGUUUUGUAGCAUUGGUGGAGAGAUUUUAUUUGGAUAUAACGAAGGUAAGUUCUCAUUCUUUUAUUAUGAUCUGGAAACUGAUACAGCGGGGAAGGUCCAAGAGCUGUCAAAAUUAGUGGCAUCAACUCCUGUCUACUUCACCAACCACACAGAAAGUAUAUUUCGAUUGGAGGGUAUCUGA